UGUUUACAAAGCGCAAUACAGAAAGAAUAGAAAGAAUAGGUACAACAAUAACCACACACGGUAACAUGUCUUUUAUUCUUAUAAUAAAAUACCUAGUAACAGAGAAAAAAUAGUUGACACCGACAAGCAUGGUUCGCGAGGGCGUCCUGCCCCCCGCCGAGUCUGGGCAGUACAUCGCUGCUCACGCUAAACAUGUCCAGAUACAUGAAGAGGGUCUGGAUAAACUUGCUAAAGAGAUGCUAUCUUCAAUGAAGACAGGCAAGCUUGAAGUCCCAGACACUGGAGCAGACAUCAUCCAUCCAUCCCCGGAGCACCCUCGCGCUGCCGACUGGGUCUUCAUCACUGAUGCCCUCAACUUCUGUUUCUGGACUUACACCGGAGCCGAGAAGUGGACGGUGGAUGGACAUACAGGGUACUAUGCCCUAGAAGCUGCUCUGUAUAGAGCUAUUAAGGAAGGACAAGACAUUACGAAUCCAGCAUUUUACUCCAAAAUCACGGCUGAUGAACUAAAACACAUCUUUCGAGGGGAUAACAAAGUUGAAAUACCAUUAUUUGAAAAACGCCUUUCUGUCUUACACGAAAUCGGACCUAUACUGCUGCAAAAGUACAACGGAACUUUCGAGACUUGCAUAAAAGAAGCAGACAAAUCAGCUGUGAAGCUUCUAGAAAUUGUCAUCGAGCACUUUCCAUGCUUCAGAGAUGAAUCAGAGUAUAAUGGACAGGCAGUAUCAUUCUACAAAAGAGCCCAAAUUUUGGUAUCAGACUUGUGGUACUUCUUUGACCGCACUGGAUGGGGGGAGUUCAGGGAUAUUGACAAGAUGACGAUGUUUGCCGACUACAGGGUGCCGCAGGUGCUUGUGUACUUCGGAGUGCUGAGUUACACCGGCCAGCUGAUGGAGAAGUUGAAGAAAGAUGAGCUUCUCCCAAGUGGUUCAGACGAGGAAGUAGAGAUCAGAGGCUGUUCCAUACACGCCGUGGAGUUGCUCAAGAAGAGAAUAGAAGAGAAGAUCACGAGCAAAGCAGAAGAUAACUCAGAGAUCCCCAACUCCAGCCUGAUCGACUACUAUUUGUGGUGCUACAGGAGAAGGUAUAAGGAUGCCAUGGAGAGUAUACCUUUUCAUAAGACUUUCGGGAUAUUCUACUGAUUAAGUAGAAAAGGUAAGUUUUAUAAGUAAAUGUUAUACAACUAUUGUUUGUAACUUUUAAGUAAUACUUACUAUAUAUCCGGAUUAUGAAUGUUUAUACAUUAUGAUGUAGAAUUCGAGUAGGUACCUACAGUAUUUUUAUAUUCAUAAAUAUAUUUUUUACUGUACAACAGUAUAAUAUUUUUAAGAUACCUAUCGACAUCUAUAGAUGCAUAGGUAUAGGUAUAUUAUGUAUUGUUUAAUAAUAUAUUACUUAUGUGUUAAUACUUACUUACAUCUGAU